GCGUCAGCUGCACUGAAACUGUUGUGUUGAUUGAUAAGAUCGCUUCAACUUUAUUUCUGUCCUUUCAGUUUUACUGGGCUGUAACGAAGUGAUUUAUAUAGUAUUUUAUCGGCUGUGUUUUGUACAACAUGUCUUCCUGAUUCAACCAUGUUAACUGCAUGUAAAAGGUGCAUACCCUAUAGGAAAAUGAAAUACGUUGCUAUAAUUUUAUUAUUCGCCGUAGUUGUAGCAGUGGCUUAUGGAAGUUUAUCAAGUUUAAAUGAAAAAGAAAGAGUGAGAAGGUAUGAUGAUAGUAUUCACAAUGAAUUAAGUAUUUUAGAAGAGAAGAUUUCCCAUCUUGAACAACAAGGAAAGAAAUCUUUUCCAGAUGUAAAGUUUUUAACAUAUAAAGAUAGAAAAAGAAUACUGAUCUCGGGUGGAGCUGGUUUUGUUGGAUCACAUCUUGUGGACAGAUUGAUGCUGGCAGGUCACGAGGUCACAGUUGCUGACAAUUUCUUCACCGGAAGAAAACGUAACGUCGAACAUUGGAUUGGUCAUGAAAACUUUGAGUUACUUCACCAUGAUAUUGUUAAUCCUCUCUUUAUAGAAGUUGAUCAGAUUUAUCACCUGGCCUCACCUGCUUCACCACCAAACUAUAUGUAUAAUCCUAUAAAAACUAUUAAAACUAACACCAUUGGUACUAUAAAUAUGUUAGGUUUAGCGAAACGAGUAAGAGGUAGAUUAUUACUAGCUUCAACAUCAGAAGUCUAUGGAGAUCCGGAAGUGCAUCCCCAGACAGAAGACUACUGGGGUCAUGUGAACCCGAUUGGUCCGAGAGCCUGUUACGAUGAAGGAAAGCGAGUAGCAGAAACCAUGUGUUACGCUUAUCAAAAACAAGAUAAAAUAGAAGUACGAGUGGCCAGGAUAUUUAAUACGUUUGGUCCCAGAAUGCACAUGAAUGACGGACGGGUCGUCAGUAAUUUUAUUUUACAAGCGUUACAAAAUGAAUCCAUCACGGUAUAUGGAGAUGGAAGUCAGACGAGAUCAUUUCAAUAUGUCAGUGAUUUAGUGGAUGGUUUAAUCAAAUUAAUGAACAGUAAUUAUUCACAACCUGUUAAUCUUGGCAAUCCUGAGGAACACACCAUCAUGGAUUUCGCUAGAAUUAUUAAAAAUUUAGUGGGGGGCAGUAGUAAAGUAGAAAAAAGAACAGCAAUGGAGGACGAUCCACGGCGACGGAGACCCGAUAUUACACGAGCUAAAAAGUACCUGGAUUGGGAACCAAAGGUUCAGAUGUUAACGGGUAUUAAUCGGACGAUAGAAUAUUUUAAAAAUGAAUUACGACGAUCUCAUCACAGCCAACGUAAUUUCCACGCACCAGAAUUGGGAUUUUUGUAAACAGCGUGUUUUAUUUCCAACCAUUCCAGAUAAAUAUAAAAUAUUUAGAUUAGAUAAAUAGCUGGUUGUUCUUGCUAUAAUAAUACAAAGAUGCAUUAUGUAAGAUUUAGAUAAAGAGCUGGCCGUUCUAUCUAUAUUAGUUUAAAGAUACAUUAUGUAAGAAUAGAUAAAGAUCUGGCCGUUGUCACUGUAGCACUAGCAUAUGUAAAUCUGCCUAUUGCAUGUCUUUCUUUAGGCCUGAAAUGUUAUCUAAAUUAUUAAUUAGACAUUAAUUGACUUAUCCAGACCCUAAUAAACUCUCGAUGCCAUCGCCAGCCUGCGAUAUUUACUGGAUUUUAAAACAUUUUUUGAUGGAAGAUUAAACGUCAAAAUUGAUAAUCGAGAAGUUUUUUUUUUAUCUUAAAUACUUGAGUAAUUCUGAUCGAGGCUAGGUCUAAAUUCAAUCGCUGAUAUCUUGAUUCACAGUGGAUCAUUUUGAAUGAAAUUUUUAUCAUAUUCUAUUUACAUUAUCUAUUUCUGCAAGAAAUGUCAGCCCUUUAUCUAAUCGGGGAGUUGGAUGGACGAAUGGUUAGCACAUGCGUGCUGUAUCAUAAGGCCUGUCAUUGAGUCAACUGUCGUGGUUUCGAAUCCCCGGUUGUAAGUGACAAUGAUUUAAUAAAGAUCGGCAAUAGAAUGAUUUAACUCUUACAUGAUGUAUCUUUCGUUUAAUUUGUUUAAAACUGUAUCUAUAUAUAUAAACGCUUGAUUUCCAAUGUUUCGGUCUUUAUUGACAGACUUUUAUCAGGGAAAUAAAGUUCACAAUGUUUUAGCUGUAUAUAUUGAUUUAAAUGACAGGGGUUUUAUGGUGGACGUCUGACAAACUUCCACCACUCGUCAACUCAGCUGAUCGUUAAAACAUUCGACCAGCGAACCACAAAUUAAAGGCUGACUAAUUAUCACGAAACCUAAUCUAGAUAGAUCAGGUAAAAGUCUAGUGUUUAAUAGUUCAAUAAAAUGUCAGAUAAUUUCAUUCAAUGAAAUAUUUUUCUUAUUUCCUGGAAUAUCUUCAGUAGUUCAAUUAAUAUGUAGGUUAUUUUCUUUCGAUGAAAUAUUUAGGAUAGUUUAUAUUUUGUUUACUAUUUCAAGGUUUUUCUUGCAUAUCUUCAAUAGUUCAAUAAAAUGUUGAUUAUUUUCUUUAUUAUUUUAGGGUUUAUUUGAAAUAUGUUGAAUAGUUUAAGACACAAGUGUAGAAAUUAUUAAACAUGAAUUAUAUUGAAUAGUUUAGACACAAGUGUAGAAAUUAUUAAACAUGAAUUAUAUAAGAUGUAGAUAACAGCUGACAGUUUUUGCUGUAAUAGUUAAAAAAUAGAUAAUAAAAUAGGUAAAUACUGAAAAAUUUAAGUCAAAUUACUUUAUUCUUCGCAAAGUUAUGACUGAAGAAUAGCGUAGUCGCGAUUUUCAUUUCUACCGUUAUUACAAUAAAAAACAAAGUCUUGAUUAUCCAUUUUUAAAUAUUAGUUUAUUAACUGGCGAUCGUGUUCUCUUUUAUUUCGUAGAUUAACCAAUGAAAUUGUCUGGUCCAUCGCAAACCUAUCUAGCCCCGAGUUCACAAAGCAUUCUCUAAGAUUUUACUCAAAAUUGUUCACCUUAUUUUAACUAAAAUAUAGCUCUUUAUAAAACUUUUGUUGUUUUAAUGUAUCAAAUACAUCAAUAAGAAACUAUAAGGAAAGUUUUGUGUUUCUGUAUCAAAGAUAUUUCUCAUAAUGAAAAUGUUUUGUGAACUCGAGGCCAGAUGUUUUUAUAGUGACAUCAAAAGUAGAAAAGGAAUAGGGGAUUAAAGCAGACCCGUUUAUACAAAGACGGGCGGAUGUCAAUGUGUAAAUACGACCUUAGUUUAAAGUAUAAAAGGAAUAGGGAAUUAAAACAAACCCGUUCA